AUGGGUGUUGAAAUGUCCACUCUGGUCGGCUGGACUGUCAUUAUUUGUUUUGCCGGAUAUUAUGUUUUUCGAUACACGGGUGGUCGAAGGCGCGAUGCACCGCGGGCUCCCCAGCGCCAGAGACUUGACGACAGGCAGAGCACACAGGCCCGCAAAGAGCCAAAGGCUAAGCGCCAACGAGUAGAAGCAUUUGGCAAGGACGCUGAGGACUCGGCCAAGGCUACGCAGCCAAAGCCCCGACCUGCAAAGCCCUCAACACCGACCCAACCCGCCGGCGAUAGCUCCGACGAUGGGGUGGACAACCGGGAAUUUGCCCGACAGCUGGCCAGCGUCAAGCAGGGCACGAUUCUGAACACGUCUAAAAAGACCGACGAGAAGCGGCAAAAGUCUGUGAAGCAAUCUCGGGCCCGCGAGAUUGAACCCAAGGUCGACCACGGAAAGGUCUCUGCCCCCUCCUCGACGGCGGGUGUAGACGGAGACGACGACGAGUCCUCGAUCGCCUCCCCCGAGAUCAAGGCCGCAGACGCUCUUGACGUGAGCGAUAUGCUGGAGCCCAAGUCGACUGGUCCCUCGGUUCUACGCCUCACCGGCACAGACAAGGUCAAGACUAAGGUCAAGAAGGUCAAGCCCGCUGAGGAGGUUGAGACGAAGAAGCAGCGCCAGAACCGCCAAAAGGUCGAGGCCGCCAAGGCCGAGCGUGAAGAAGCAGAGAAGCAGAGAAAAAUUGCUAUGGAAGCACAGAGAAGACUGGCCCGCAUAUCCGAGGGACGGGCCGCCAAGGAUGGGUCUUCUUCGGUUGCCUCACAGCCAGCACAGUCGGCCUGGAACGGCAGCAGUGCUAAAUCCGGCUCCAAUGGCACUCUCUCUAACGGCGAGCACGCUGCCGUCCAGCCACUGGACACGUUUGACACCAGCAGCCACACCAAUGCGGCAGCCCCCAAGCCGAUCGCCGCGGCACCUGCUAAGGACGAGAGCUGGAUGUCGUCUCUCCCUUCGGAGGAGGAGCAAAUGGAGCUCCUCCGUAAAGAGGAAGCCUGGAGCACGGUCAAGACGAAGAAGUCGGUCAAGCCAAAGAAGGAAUCUGCGACUGAGAGCGCAGGCGAAUCGGAGCCAACGGUCAUCCCCGUGCAACCAUCUGCGCCCGUCGCUGCUGCUCCCGCAAUUGUCGCGAAGGCCCCGAAAGUCAACGGCAGCGGCAAGCCGACAAAGUCAUUCUCCCAGCAGUCAUCUUUUGCUGCGCUGAGCACAAACGAAGAGCCCGAGGCUGAGGAGGAAUGGGACGUCUAA